CUGCGAGCUGAAGGCGGAAAGGGUCGUUAUUGGUCUAGACUUCACGGUCCGGUCCCGCCUCCUGUUCGGUUGCCGUGGUUGCAGGCCCGGCCCGCCCGCUCUCUCGCUGACAGCAAGACAGGGAGGAGAGAAGUGGGUCCGUUGGUCGGUUGGAAACGAGGCUCAGGUUGUCAGGCCAGCGCGGAGCCGUUACCAUGGCAGCCGCCGCCGGGGGCGCGGGCGACGAGCCGCGCUCGGGCCGUUCGAGCUCGGACGGCGAGUGCGCGGUGGCGCCGGAGCCGCUGACGGAAGCCGAGGGCCUCUUCUCCUUCGCCGAUUUGGGGUCUGCGCUGGGCGGCGGCCCAGGCCUCCCGGGCCGGGCGUCCGGCGGGGCCCAGUCCCCGCUGCGCUACCUCCAUGUCCUGUGGCAGCAGGACGCGGAGCCGCGCGAUGAGCUGCGCUGUAAGAUUCCCGCCGUUCGGCUUAGGCGCGCCGCCAGGCCCCACCGCCGGCUCGGGCCCACCGGCAAGGAGGUGCACGCUCUGAAGAGGCUGAGGGACUCGGCUAAUGCCAAUGAUGUGGAAACAGUGCAGCAGCUGCUGGAAGAUGGCACGGAUCCCUGUGCAGCUGAUGACAAAGGCCGCACAGCCCUCCACUUCGCCUCCUGCAAUGGCAAUGACCAGAUUGUGCAGCUACUUCUGGACCAUGGGGCUGACCCCAACCAGCGGGAUGGUCUGGGCAACACACCACUGCACCUGGCGGCGUGCACCAACCAUGUCCCAGUCAUCACCACACUGCUACGAGGAGGGGCCCGGGUAGAUGCCCUGGACCGAGCUGGCCGCACGCCCCUGCACCUGGCCAAGUCGAAGCUGAAUAUCCUGCAGGAGGGCCAUUCCCAGUGCCUGGAAGCUGUGCGGCUAGAGGUUAAGCAGAUCAUCCAGAUGCUGCGGGAGUAUCUGGAGCGUCUGGGACGGCAUGAGCAACGGGACCGGCUGGACGAUCUCUGCACCCGCCUCCAGAUGACAAGUACUAAAGAGCAGGUGGAUGAAGUGACUGACCUCCUGGCCAGCUUCACCUCCCUCAGUUUGCAGAUGCAAAACAUGGAGAAGAGGUAGCAAGAGUGGCUCUCUGCCUGCCUUCUCUCCCCCGCCCUAUCCCCCACAACACAUACCCUCUGCUCUCUCCUUAUAAAGAAAAAGCCCAGAGGACUUCGGAGCUCUGCUUCUCUGGUGAGGACUUUGCCCUUGCCCUCAGAUACUGGGAGGCAGAGAUGCUUUUCACCAUCUCAGAGCUGCUCCCAAACACCUCUGUGGGCUGGGGAUUGGCUUCUGCUGUACUAGGCCAAGCUCUGCAGCCACACCUCAGUUCUGGCCUACACAUGCUGUCCUAUCUGGUACCACUCAGCCCAUGGCCUCUGGUGCCUUUGGCAAGCCCCAGAGUCUUCUGUGUUCCUUCCCAGCAUUGGGCUUGUUGCCUUCCAGCGGGCUGCCUGCAGUGAGCCUCUUGGUUGGCCUUGGUCCACUCACCAGCACUUAGGUUUAGCUCAUCACCUGACUUUUGAGAAGAUACUGUAUGAGUUUCUCUGGUCAGAAAGGGAGGGUUGGUGAGGCUUAGACCUUAACAAGGUUUAGAAGGAUACUGCUGAGCCCAAAGGAAAAGAUCUCCAACCAUUUCCCUCCCUGUCACUAUAACAUCAAGAGGGACCCAUUGGAUCAUAGUCUGAUAGUGGCCCCCAGGAUGCCCAGGUCUUCAUCCCAGAAACCUGUGGGCCUUGUCUUAGAUGACAAAAAGGCUAUGUGGACAUAAUGAAGGUUCUUGACAAGAGAGGUGGUCCUGGAUAUCUAGAUGGGCUGGAUAUAAUCAGAGAGGUCUCAUAGGAGGCUAAGCAGAAGGUGAGAAAAGUAGGAGAUGUGCUGAUGGAAGAAAAGUUGGAAAGGGAAGAAACAAGUCCAGGAAGAGGUCACAAGCCAAAGAAUGCAGGCUGCCUCCAGAAGCUAGAGGCAAGGAAGUGGAUUCUGCGCUUGGAAUUUCCAGAAGGAACUGGCUUUGCUGACAACUGGACUUAAGCUCUGUGAGACUGAUUUUAGAGUCUAGCCUCCAGAACUGUACGAGAAUAAAUCUGUGUUGUUUUAAGCCACUCAGUUUGUGGU